GACUGAGUCGCAUCCCUCGAUUCGGCCUGUCGUAUUGUUCGUGCAGCUUCAUGUAGUGUCGGAGAGAAAAAAAAUCGUUGAAAAUUGGUGACGAAAGGGGCAACGCGAUUCAGUGAGAUCGGAUAACGUUCGAGUUGUGCCGAAAGUGUUAGCCCAUCGCGAAAGUGAGCGGAACGCGUGUGGGGCUUGCGUUCUCCUGGCCUCGCGAGGGCAGAAGUACAUACGCGAUAGAAAUUGUUCGUCGUUUGACAAGUGACACACAGAGAGCCGUGCAUUAAACUAGCUCGUGCGGCAAUUAAAGACCCAGUUUACGACUCGUUGGCCAUCUCGUUAGUUACCGGUGUAUGCCAUUGUAACGUGUGCUCGAACAUCGUUUCGGUGGGAGAAAAAUGAGUUGUCAACGCAACGCUGGCAAAAUCACGGUGCCAGACGAGCUGCGGGACAUUCUUUUGGAGUUCACGAUCAGCUAUUUGUUACAGCAACCGGUGGAUAUUGUCGAGUAUGCCGUUGAUUUUUUCACGCAACUUCGGGAUAGCCGUCAGACUCAGUUGAUUCAGCCCAAUGCGCAGACCUGCUCCUCUACGCCGGACGAGUCUGUCGAUGAAGAACCACCGGUCGGAAGGUUCGCGACUAGGAGGAAGAGUAUUUUUACGGAGACGUAUAAUCCUGAGGAAGAUAAGGAAGAUGAUCUAGCCAAGAUGGUACAUCCAAAAAGCGACGAGCAACGGCAGAGGCUUAGCGAGAGCGUCAAGAAUAUUUUUCUGUUUCGAGCCCUAGAUGAGGAACAAAUGGCGGACGUGCUGGACGCGAUGUUUGAGAAAACUGUACAGCCGGGAGAAUUCAUUAUCCGGCAAAAUGACGACGGUGACAACUUUUACGCCAUCGAAAGGGGAAAGUUCGAGGUGUACGUCAAGGAUCCGCAGACGGGCGUCGAAUCCAUGGUACACACCUACGAUAACCGUGGUUCUUUCGGAGAGCUCGCGCUUCUAUACAAUAUGCCCAGAGCGGCUACUAUCAAGGCCGUGACAAACGGCACAUUGUGGGCCAUGGACAGGCAAACUUUCCGACGUAUUCUUCUGAAAUCCGCCUACAAGAAGCGCAAGAUGUACGAGGAUCUUAUCAACAAGGUCCCGAUGCUCAAAUCUCUCAAGUCUUACGAAAGCAUGAACCUGGCGGACGCCCUAGUACCAAAACAGUAUUCGGACGGUGAGCAGAUAAUCAGGCAAGGCGACACAGCGGAUGGAAUGUAUUUUGUCGAGGAUGGCGUCGUUAGGAUUACUAUACUCGGAGACCACGGUCGCGAGAUAGAGAUUAAUAGAGUCCCCGCUGGUGGGUACUUGGGCGAGUUGGCGCUCGUGACACACAAACCUCGCGCUGCUUCGGCCUACGCUGUAGGUGACGUAAAGCUAGCCUUUUUGGACGUUGAAGCUUUCGAACGAUUACUCGGGCCAUGUAUGGAGCUCAUGAAGCGUAAUAUCGACGAUUACGAGGAUCAGCUAGUUAAAAUCUUUGGCAGCAAAGCUAACGUUACCGAUAUCCGAUGAACUGUCCAGAGGUAGUGAUACGUUGCACUGCUGUACCAAAGGAUACGACUUUCGUACAGUAAUGUAAGAUGAGCACAAAAAACUUGUACCAGUCACUUACAUGAAUCUCAUCCGCGUGUUUCAAGUUAUCAUCUCAAGUCGACUUUCGUAAUGACUGUUCAUUUAGGCGUGUACCAGUAAGGAUCGUCGUUAAUAGUUACCAAGUUUGUACCUAUGACACACACUGAAGGACAAAAAGAAACUUGUAUAGGUUUUUCUCGACUGUUCGUAUUCCGCAUGACGGGCACUGAUGGAACUCUCUAAGACUGCAUCAGAUCAAGAAGUAUUACCUUAUCUUGUCGUGUGCUCGAUCGUUUACAAAAUAGAAGUCUGAGUUAUCAAAUAAGAUUCUCCGGAAAAAAAGAAAUACUCGGGAUGAUGCAACGUAUCGACAGACUCGCGCAGUUCUCAAACGAUCUACGUUUUACGCCGUUCUUUGUUCUUACAUUCGACACUUGGAGAACUGUAUUCCGCUUUAACGAUGACAUCAAGUAUCAAUGAAUUAAAUUAUUUUUAAUGCUUGGAUGAUCUUCUCGAUCGAGAUAAAAACGAAGGUACCCGACGGUGUAUCUUGCAUUAUUUUUCUUCGUGGUAUAGUAGAAAAAUUUUUAUCGUUAACUUAUCGUGGAAAUACAAGCUUAGCUGUACGAGAAGAUUAGAACGGAAAUGCAUAUUUUGAGAUCCGGAUAUUCGGUGUGCUUCUUACGAUCGUAGCCACAACGCUAUGUUAGGAGAAUUGAAUUAAAAGGGCAGAGAGCACGACAGGCAAGUUAGAGCAAUUACUAGUAUCUACGAUACAAUUUUUAACGGAGAAUACAGUAACUAUUUUUACGAGAACGUGGCAUUUAAGUUAGAUUUCAGGAAAAAAAGCAAGAGGAUAUAUAUUGUUUCAAAUGUUACACGUUCCGUCUAAUUCUUAUAUAAUAACGCCUGCGGAGAAAUCACCUCCUCUAUUAUACAUUUAACAGGACAAUUUUCCUAAUUCCCAUGUUCCUAAUUUUACGAUUUGCUCUUUGCGUUAACGAGAAAGUAUUACGAUACGUAUACAUGUAUUUAUGUAGCGUAUAAUACGACAUCCGUUUAUUUAAUUGUUUAUAGACACGCACAACAGAUUGUGUUGAAUCAUUAUAUUUCUGUAUUAUUUAUAUUUGUUAUCGUCUAUCGUCGUUUGUUACAAUUUCAAAUAGAAACGCUUGCUGUUACGCACAUUGCUAUAUUUUUUGAUCAAAGAAUAGCGAAAUUUUUUGAUUAAUUCGUUCAAAGAGUUGUACUCUGUCACCACAAUGUGUUAUUCAUCGUUUUGCUAUGUUGCUUCAUAAACGAAUCAUCGUCAAAAUUGUGGUACCAUCGCCAGAUAAAAAAAAAAGAAAAAAAAAAGAACAAGAAAUAAACAGUCUCUUCUUGAUACAGACUCGAGCGCGCAGUCAUAUCUUUCGCAGGAUACGGUGCCGAUGCGUUUGCAAAUUAACGAUGAUUAUCGCGGAUGUUUAAGGACAGGAACAGACAAAAGCAACAUUUUUCUAAUUCCCUCAUAUUUUUAUCUAUCCGAGAUCUUUAUACUUAUUGAUGUUGUGAACUUGUACGCGACACUGCGAAUGAAAUGAGUGAGCACUCCGGUCUCCAACGCGUUUAUGUGUGUCUUAUCGGUGAAUCCUGGUAACAGAAUCGACCAAAAGAACCUAUGAACCUAUUUUUGUUACAUGUGUAUGAUACACGUUAUACAUGUAUGAUAUACGUCUAGCAUCGUGAUAAAAAAAAAAAAAAAAAGAAGAAGAAAAACGGUUUCAAACUAAUUUGAACGUUGUGCGAACAAGUGCGUAUGCUAGUCACUCUUCGUGGCCGCGUAUGGUCGUCGUGUUUCUUUCGCGACGAAUUACACCGACCGGUCAGAUGUAAUUUUUCUUACUACGAAACUAUGUAUUUACUGUGCGACUGAAACUCAAUUAUAAGCGAUAAGCUUUCUAAAUAAUAUCACAAUCACGGUGGAAGGAUAAGGAGACUAGUAUAUAUCUGCGUAUAUACUAUUAUAUGGAAACGGAGGAAAAUAGCAACAGGGUUUUACUAGCGAUACGAACGAGAAAUAUUUUCUCAGCUUCGGGAGCGUUCGAAUUAUAGUAUUGUAACAGUUAACGGUACGUUUCUUCUCCGGUAAAUUUCUUGGACUCGUCGCUAUAGUUUAUUCGACAAGAUGAAAAAUCUUCUUAAUUAUCGUGUCUUUUCAUAAAAAAAAUCAGCUUCGUGUCAAGGAGCGGAAAAUGUUUAUAUUUUUUCUGGUGUUUCGUAACAAUGCCCCUGAAGUCGACGAAAUAUUUCUCGUUCUCGACCGAUACAAGGAGCGCUAAUAAUUCAUGGUAUUUAUCAACAAAAGUUGCGUAAACGCGUGAGUUUGUUUUUUAUCGAGAAAUAUACGUGCAUCGUACGCUUUUAAACACCUGUGUUGCAUUUACACGCUUGAGGCAAUGUAGUAACGAACGAGUAUUACAUUUAACAUUUGCCGGAACUUCCCGAUUCGAAUUCUGGCGAUCGUGCCAUGUUCUUUUUUUUCUCUUGUUUGAUUGUCCUUGGAUUUAGCGACGCCCUCAGCCGUGGUUCUUAGUCUUCCGCCGCAUCUCCAGGCUGUGAUAUUAUUUUUGGCAGAGUAUUUCAUUCCUUUCGCGUAGGUCUAUGUACGAAAAAAAAAAAGAUGUUUCUUGUUACGACAGCUUCCAGAAAAUCGAAAGAGAAAAACAAGAACCUAAAUUAUCGUGGAAUUGAACGAUUCCAGAGAUACGAUUGACCGAACUUUAUUGACCGUUGAUUGCAUCGUUAAGGACGACUAGAAGUUCCGAUCGGCGACUCGAGUGACUUGAUCGUUAAUCUCUAAUGGAAGAAUCAGGCAAUUAAGAGUAGAGAAAAUACGCAGUAUAUAUAUAUAUGUAUAUAUAUAUAUAUUGCGGAGGAUUAUUCUCGCACACCGAAUUGAAAAGUAUAUUUAGACGGAGUACUUAUCUGUGCGGAGCCAAGAUUCGAUAAAUUAAAUGUAAACGCUUAAGUAGAGUUGACCCAAUUCAAGUUAUACUGUAUGUAUCUUUAACCAAGCGUGUGGUUCCUCCUACAUGUGUUGCGUGUUGCCCUUCGUGUGUGUGUGAGUGUAUGUGACGACCGAGCCAGUAAUUUAUUACUUGAUUUGCAUGAGCCGUUGUCAGAGAAUUUUCGUCCGAACGGCAGUAUGUUUCACGUUAUCGUCAUUGAAAGUAAUCAUCGAUAAAAUAACUAACCCGUUACGAGCGUUGCGAAUGAAUCUCACGUAAUCGUGAUCGUAAUCGUACGACACACGGUUCACUGUGCCAGGGGGGUUCCUUUCUUCAUUAGCUUCCGAACAGAGACGGCGAUCGUGUAAAUUCGAAGACACGCCAGGUCACUUUAAAUCCACGCGAUCGCGAUCCGUUUCUCGCCAAUCUAGUCCAGAACGACGCAAUGAAUAUUUCUGGCCAAGUAAACGUGUACCAAGCUGGGUGAUGGGUUGCGCGGCUAAUCACAUGCUUCUGCAAGCGUCGACUAUCAUUUCCGUUGAUCGAUAUUCCGCGUCGUCACGCUGAAAGUGUUCGCGAACGUUUCCGAUCCACCGCGGUCGAUGCUUCAAGGAAGAUUAAUUCGAACGAGGCGUAAACGAAUUGUCAGGGUCCUAUCGAUGCAGUUACAAUAUAUCGUUUAUACUCGAGUAAGAUUUCGAAAAUCGACGCUUUUUGAUUAACGCGUUCAAGGUGCAACGCCGAAACCCAUCGUGUUCCUCGUACGCAAUUUCCGUUUUCCACUUGUAUCGUUAAUAUCUACGUCCGUUCCACGAUCAAACUGUGCUGUUAUAGCGUAACAGUCUCUCACCAUCGGACCAAUACCAUAGACAAAAAAAAAAGAAAAAAAAAAGCAACGGAGCUUGCGACUAUUUUCCUCGCGCUUUUCUCUCCCUUCUGUCUCGUUGUUUUUUAAUCGUGUAUCUAAACAGAUCUAGCGCCGUGCUAGGCGAACGUACGUAAAUAAUAUGUA